CCACAGAGGUAUGCUUUCAAUAUUUCAUGAUCCGGGGACUCCCACAGAGGUAUGCUUUCAAUAUUUCAUGAUCCGGGGACUCCCACAGAGGUAUGCUUUCAAUAUUUCAUGAUCCGGGGACUCCCAUAGAGGUAUGCUUUAAAUAUUUCAUGAUCCGGGGACUCCCACAGAGGUAUGCUUUCAAUAUUUCAUGAUCCGGGGACUCCCACAGAGGUAUGCUUUCAAUAUUUCACUAUCCGGGGACUCCCACAGAGACCUAACCAGCGCCAUUUUGGAAGAUCUCAUUCAUCCGCCAUCUUACCUCUUAGAAAACAUCUUAUCGAGAAAUCGUUGGCUGAGAAACGAUCGAUGGACGAUAAUCAGUAUUACUACCAACAGAAUAAGAUAGAAAGGGAAAGAACAUCAAGAAAUUCGUUCAACAAACCCCUAGAGGAGGUGAUGGAGGAGGAUGGGGGAGUGUCUACCCCUGCAGAUCUAACAAAUGGAACACCCCGUGAAUCAAGUAUGGAGGAAUUGCAGGCCAGUCCCGAGAGAGUCGUACCAGUGUACAUCAAGAAACCGUACUUCAAGGGGUUCAUGGGACCAUCCGGUAUAUCUCCCCUUGUACUUAGUGAGUUAUACUUAUUUUCAUUGCAGUAUAUUCUCACAAGACUGGUAGACACGGGUAUACUGGCAAACUGUGAACAGGUUUCUGAGAUGGGAACCCUGGAACAAAUUCAGUCUUGUCACACCGAGGCCCAUACUCUACUAUUUGGGACUGGGACCAAUGUAGGACUAAAUCAGGAAGGAGAUGACACUGGGGCCCUCAGUAAGUUUACAGUUCUUCCUUGUGGAGGUCUUGGGGUAGAUUCAGACACAUAUUGGAACCAGCUCUACACUGCAACAGCUGCCAGGUUUGCUGUUGGUUCAACAGUGGAAUUGGCAUUAAAGAUUGCCAGAGGAGAGAUCAAAAACGGUUUUGCUGUGGUCAGACCUCCAGGGCAUCAUGCUGAAGCUGAAGAAGCAAUGGGAUUCUGUUACUUUAAUACCAUCGCCAUUGCUGCUAAACAGCUGCUGGAGCACACUAGUACCAGGAGAAUUCUGAUUAUUGACUGGGCAAUCCAUCAUGGAAACGGGGUUCAGAAAAUAUUCUACAACGAUCCCAGGGUGCUUUAUAUCAGCAUUCAUAGGGGACUUGGGCACAAUGUGAAUAUAGCCUGGUCCGGAGGACUAGAGCCUCCAAUGGCCGAUGCUGAAUAUCUCGCGGCAUUUAGAUCCGUUGUUAUGCCUAUUGCCAGAUGUUAUGAGCCUGAUUUUGUUCUUGUUUCUGCUGGAUUUGAUGCAGCUGUAGGCCAUGAACAUCCAAUAGGUGGUUACCAAGUGUCCACAGCCUGUUUUGCUUUCCUGACCCAUCACCUGAUGUCACUAGCUGGGGGUCGGGUUCAACUAGUUCUGGAGGGAGGAUAUCAUACUACUGUACUGGCUGAUGGAGUAGAACAGUGUACUAGAGCUUUGCUGGGAGAGGAAAUUGAAAAAAUCUCGUUUGUUGAGCUGGGAAGACGACCUAACAAGAAUGCAGUUGAUGCACUGCAGAAGACACAAGCUAUACAGUCCCAAUACUGGCCAAUUCUAACCAGGUAUGGAUCUAGUGUACUCCUGUCCCACCUGGAAACCUGGGAGAAAGAGAGAGAAGAAGUUGAAACAUUGUCUGCAAUGGCAUACCUCUCCAUGCAGCAUAUGCACUAAAUACAGCAUGCAUCAUGCUAUGUGUUUUCAGUUGAUAACGCAAGCAGCAUACUCCGUAUGCAGUAUUCAAUGUGUUAGCAGUAGACACAGUAUGAAGCAUACCCUGUCUAUAGAAGUAAAAGCGGCAUGCAGCAUACCCAGUUUCAGCAUCAAAAACAGCAUGCAGCAUACCCUGUCAACGCAGUGGAUACAGCAUGCAGCAUAUAACGUAUUUUCAGGAGAUACAGCAUGCAGAAUACCCCGUCAAUGCAGAAGAUACAGUAUGUAGCAUACCCUGUCUUUGCAGAAGAUACAGUAUGCAGCAUACUCCGUCAACACAGUGAAUAUAGCAUGCAGCAUACCCUGUCAACGCAGUAAAUACAGCAUGCCACAUACACUAUCUUUGGAGAGGAUACAUUCAUGCAGCCUGCAGUAGACACACUUAGCCGCAUGCCAUGUCUGUGGUAAAUAUACAUCAUGAAGCAUACCCUGUCCCUGUCUGUGCAGUAGAUACAGCGUGCCGUUUAAAGAUAGUAUUUAUCUAUACCUGCAUUCCCCUAAAAUUAACCGCCAAAGACUAUUUAGUUAGUGACAAUGUGAAAAGGAAUAAUGGCUUUAUUUGACGCAGUUCUUUAGCGGCCGUUGUAGUUAUUUAGUGGCCGUUUAAGGUCUUAAGCGACCGUUAAAGUUCUUUAGUGACCGUUAUAGUUCUUUAGUGACCGUUGAGUUCUUCAGCGACCGUUGAAGUUCUUUAAUGACCGUUGAAGUUCUUUAAUGACCGUUGAAGUGCUUAAGCGACUGACGUUUUGAUCUCGAACAAGUAGGCAGCACAGAUCAAACCAGUUUUGAUCUCGAAGAAGUAGGCAGCACAGAUCAAACCAGUUUUGAUCUCGAACAAGUAGGCAGCACAGAUCAAACCAGUUUUUUUUUCAUUGGUAUUUUAAGGAAAUAUUUUUACUUUUGUGAAUUUAUAUUCUCAGCCUACGAUGUAUAUUUCAUAUUUCCACUGCAUUGGCCCUAAAUUGGUCUAAUUUUUUGUUGUUGUUAGAUUUUUGGUUUCUUUUGAGAGAACCCAUUACACCGAUGUACUAGUAUUUAAAAAAAAAACAAUAACAAUUUAAACGUUUUUUGCUUGUACAGUGUUCACAAGAGCUCUGUAUUUAAUACUUUUUAUGUAAUUUAUGUUAUAUCAGAUUACGAAUUAUGUACAUAAACCGGUGUCGAGAAUGUAUUCUGUGAUAAUUAAAGUCUAUGUACAUUGUACUAUAUGUGAAGUGUUUCACCAUGUACAAUAUAAUCAAAUUUUACAGUGUACAGUUUUAAUUACAUUGUUAACUUUGUACAUUUAAAACAAACUGUACAGUGCAGAGCCUGUACAAUUAAUUCUUUAUGUGUACAGUAUGUAAGUGUUUACUAUGUACAAUGUAAAAAGUUAUGUACAAUAUUUAAAAGUUGUAGUGUGUACAGUAUAUACGAUGUAGUUUGUUCACGAUGUACCAUGUAAACCUCAAUGUGCAGAAAAUGAAAUUCAAAAUAUGAAUGUAAGAUAAAUUCAAAGAUUUAUUUAAAGAUUGCAUUUAUAAAUUAAUUAUUUUGUUAGGACACGCUUUUGUUUUUAGAUCCCGACACUUUUGUCUUCUGAACUUUCGGAGAAUUUACAUGUGUUUAUUAGUGCCGUUUACCAUCACUAAAUUUUAUAUGAAAGGUGCUCUCUAUACCAUUUACUCCAUUGUUAAAAUCAACAGUUUUAGAUAAAAUAUUUUAAAAGAAAAUUAUAUUUUAGUUUAGCGAAGUUUGGAACGUAAAUUAGACCAAGUAAAUUUUAAUUGAAGAAAAUAAACGUUUUUUUGUUUCCCCCCCCUCCCCCCCCCCACCACCAGUUAAAGGAGGGUUGUAAAAAGGUUUUUAUUUUUGGCUUUUUAAGUUACGCAAAUGUCAUUUUUGCAAGUUUUUAAAAUAUUUUAUUUAUGUUUAUUCUCUGAAACUUGUUCCGCUGUAUUCCCUUUUUAAUCUCAAUUAUUAUUACAAAGUUCAAAUACUUUCAAAAUUUGCUAAAUCAUAAAAAAAUCUGUCAUUAGCUUUAAACCCAAAUAAAUAAAAGAACCUAUAUUAUUCCAAUGAAAAAGCACUCAAAGCAUUUAUUGUGGCUAAAAUUAAUAUAUAUAAAUUCAAAAUUUAAUAAAUAUAUAUUUAUUGUUU